AUGUUCUCUUUGGAAGAACUAAAAUAUCAUUGUCGAACAUGUCUAAUAAAAUUGGAAUUUUGUGAUGAAAAUGGACAGGAUACCAAUAAAUAUGUGGUCAUAUCAAAUUAUCCAGAUGUGGAACAGCUAAUUUGCCUAUGCCUGACGACAAGAACGAGCUCGGGCCUUGAAAAUGUGGAAUUACAUAUGCCGAAUUUAUGUCGACUUUGUUUUGAUAAGUGGCUAGAAUUUUCGCAUCUCUAUCAAUUGCUGUUGAAAACCGACAAGGAACUGAAGCAGCUGGCAGGAAGAAUAUCACCAAAUGGUUCAACAAGUCCUGACCAUCUUGAAGAGGAUAAUAAAAUAUUCUUGGAGACCACCGAUCCCAUAUCAAAUUUAGUUGAAAUUGGAAAAUUUGAAACAAAUUCUCCUUUUUUCCAUGAUAGUAAUUCAAAUUCUGACAUAGAAUCCAACGAGGAGCUAAAUCAUUUAGAUGAACCACCACUUAGCGAAGAAAACCUAGUUCUGAUAUCACCAACAAAAGAUGAUUUAAAGACACAAGAUUUAUUCGAUACAGAUACAGAACAAACACCACUCGAACAUUCAGAUAAAGAUGAGGAUGAUGAUGAUGACGAUUUCAUUCCCACAAAUAAAACCGCAACUCAAACACAGGACCCAAAGGAAACAGUUACCAAAGCAAAGCAGAGACCUCGUGGUCGUAGAAAAAAUCCCCAAAAUAAGAAAAAUGAUCGCAUGCAUAUUACAGCGAAAGCAGUGCGCAAUAAAUAUGCCAAUGUUUCGAAUACGAAAAAAGCCCUCUAUCGUUGUGAACCAUGUAAAAAAUAUUUCUAUGAAAAAAUGCGUUAUGAGGGUCAUGUGAAAACCGUACAUGAAGGCCUCAAGAAGGGCUACGAGUGCCGGGAAUGUGGCAAAGCCUAUAAAUUCUAUAAAAAUCUCACCGAUCACAUGGCCACUAAUCACACGGAUACACCAUCGGAAAAUUUACUCUGUCAAGUGUGUAACAAACAAUUCAAAACACAAACAACCCUUAAGAAUCAUAUGAAAAUCAAACAUCCUGCUGAUCCGGAAAGUACCAUUAACAAUCGACGGAUAAUAUGUGACCAAUGUGGAUUUCUUGCGGCCAGUGUAGAAUCCUUGACAGCCCACAUAAAGAAUUUGCACACCGAGGGGGAACACUUCAAAUGUGAACAAUGUCCAAAGGUAUUUAAAUGUCGGUAUUAUUUGAAACAUCACACAAUGACACAUCACAGUGAAGUCAAAAUAAAGCCAUUCAAAUGUAACUAUUGUGAGAUGGCAUUCUCCCGACGCAAUGGCCUGACCAAACACGAGCUAACACAUCUCGACUACACGGAACGUAUAAAAUGUGAUUUUGAAGGUUGUGAUGUACGAUUUUUAAAUGCUGAUGCGAAAAAACGACACACCCGUUUGGUUCAUCUCAAGGAAAAACAGCAUGUUUGUGAUAUUUGUGGCGAGGCAUUUGGUAUUAAGGCGACAUUACGGCAUCAUCGUUAUAUUCAUACGGGAGAAAAACCAUAUAAAUGCCCGGAAUGUGGUCAGGGAUUCCGACAGCAUACGGCAAUGAAAACACACGCCAAAACACAUUUUAAAGCGGCAAAAGCGAGUGCACAAAAUACCGAAGUGGCGGUUCAAAAUUAA